AUGUGCGUGGAAAUUGCCCAAACUCAACAAUACAACAAAAUGACUGUCACCUUCUCCCAGAAGAAAGGCUCCAGCAUGAAGAAGCUGUUCAAACAAAUCUUCAAAUCCAAGAAAUCGGUUGCUGCCACUGAUGUCUCAUCCUUUGAAUCUUUGGAAAAUAGCCGCAAUGCCAGCCUAGAAUCAUCAAUGGAAUCCUAUGAAAAUGACAUCAAUGAAUCCUACGAAAAAGAGGAGGAAUUUGAUUACACCACCACAGUGCCUGUUCACUUUGUUCGCACCGAACAGGGUACCUACUUUUGGACCUCAGCUGCAGACUUCGUUCCUGCCUAUAUGCAAGAUCGUUGGGCUCAAGCUUAA